AUGACUGGUAAAGAGAAUAGGGAUCCUGAGGAUGCUAGGUAUGGCGGAGACAGUGAUAUCGAAAAGAAACGGAAGUGGUUGGAGUCUAUGGGAUUGGGAGGAACUAUAGUAAGUGAGAGUAGAGCUGUAGAUUAUGAGAUGGAGCAGAUUGCACGUGUCCAUGCGCAGAUGACCGCAGCUAGUAUGGGAGAACAGCGUCUAGCUAUGGCAAUAUCUAACUCUGGCGCUCAGAACCAGGAAAAGUAUCAGUUACGUCAUGUCCUACCUAACAGAUAUGAUGAGCUGUUACGCAAACGU